UCAGUUGAUAAACUUGGUACUUCAAUACACGCUGGCGUCUUAUCUCGAAGUCCGGCCUGAUAAAAUGUUGAUAAAAGACGAUACGGUGUCCAAUAAGGACACCGUGGCUAAACACGGUCAAAGUCAAGUCGAAGGCACUUCUGUUUUGCAGUUUGAUAACGAAAAUAAUCGAAAAAUGAGUGAAGAUAUUGAUGAAGAAACGCGACGCCGGGUUUUCAAGCAUUGUCGUGAGCUCUUGGGCGGAUCCUGGUCCCGCAUUCCUUCCGACAAAAACCUAUCGAUACGCCCGAUCAGCGGUGGCCUCAGCAACUUCAUCUACUUAUGCAAAUUACCCGAUGGCGUUGACCCCAUCUACGGCGAACCGCGCCAGGUGCUCUUCAGAAUCUAUGGUCAAAUGAUCAACGAGAGUUUGCAGACUGUGAUUGCUGAAAGUGUGAUAUUUGCCGUACUGUCCGAGAAGAAGCUCGGGCCUAAGUUAUAUGGUGUCUUCCCUGGUGGUCGCGUGGAGGAAUAUAUUCCGUCUCGGUGCCUUUCAACAAACGAACUCAGCCGGCGAGAUUUCUCAAAGAAAAUUGCUCAAAAAAUGGCGAGCUUCCAUUCGUUAGAUAUGCCCAUCUCGAAGAGACCGAAGUGGUUAUAUGCACUGAGCAGAAGAUGGAUAAAAGAUGCUCAAAACAACAUGGGUCUCGUAAGUGAAGAUUCGGAGAAGACAAAACGCUUAAAAGCACUGCUUGAUAACGACUUGGAGGCAGAACUGGACUGGAUGAAGUCAACGUUAGAUUGUCUCCGAUCGCCAGUGGUAUUUUGCCACAAUGAUCUCCAGGAGGGGAAUAUUUUAUACUCGGAGGAGUCCGAUGCAACUGACAGCGAGGAUUAUUCCCUCAUGCCGAUCGAUUUUGAAUAUUGCAGCUAUAACUUCAGAGGUUUUGAUAUUGCCAACCACUUCCUUGAAUGGACCAUGGACUACAGCUACCCGGACCCGCCAUAUUAUUACAGAAACCCCGACAAUUACCCCAGUAUAGAACAACAGCGCUUAUUCAUCGAGUCAUAUCUAGAGUCACUGCCAGGUGGCGUUGUAAAAGAAGACGAAGUGGCAAAAAUACGUCGAGAAGCAGAAUAUUAUGGGAUGGCAUCGCAUUUGUUUUGGACCGCAUGGAGUCUCGUCCAGGCGUUCGGUUCCAAGAUAUCUUUUGGUUAUACUCACUAUGCAGAGAGUCGAUUCCAAGCCUACCUUGAUUUGAAAAACAGUCUUCCGAGCCUAAUCAAAGAGGAAAAAGCUGCUGAGACCAAUUAGAGUCAAGUCCAGGUGUCGAUUUCAUCCUAUGAUUGCCAGAGACCUCUGUUGACGUGAAAAGGAAUUGGAUAUUUCCGUACUCCCAUGGAUGAUAUACCUGUGUCGGGUGAUUGGUUGGUUUACAGAGUGAAUGCUGCUCACGAAAGAAGGUGAUCAGGCCUACCUGGUCAGUGUUAAGGUUUGUUAAAUCGAGACUUUGAUUUCAUACAAAUCCCAUUAUCAUAAUUUCGGCCCUUUAACCACGGUAAAUCACAAAUAUCGUCUUUGUCGCUUCUUUCGUCUUCACUUGAAAUAUUUCUAGCAUCUAAUUUGUAAACCAACCAAUAUCACAACAGCACCUUACAAGUUGAAACAGGCAAUUUGUGAUAACAUUCAAAUUGAAUGGGUAAAUUUUUCUGAAUUAUGCUUUCAUCUGAUAUAGGAACUACUUUUCUUGCCACGUAUUCUCUUCUCAGGACUGUGGACGUUUCACGACUUGGCAUUCCGUGAGAUUUAACGUUUUAUAACCUGUCGAAGUGAUUGCUCAAUGUUCAUGACCACUUUGUAUAUUCAUGUACAUUCUUACAUUUUUCCAUCCUUCAGCAAACUACUGUGGAACCUCUCCAUUGGGGACACCCAUGAGACUGAGAAUUGCUGUCCCUUAUAGCGAGGUGUCCUGAUUACAAAUGUCAAAUUGAAUGAAAAUGACCCAAGUUUGGAACCAAAAUCUGUGUCCUCAAUAUGGAGGGUUUCUUGCUUAUAGAGGUGUCAGUUAUCAGUAGAGAUGUUCAACUGUGCUUAUUACUAGUAGAGAUGUUCAACUAUGCUUAUUAGUAGAGAUGUUCAACUAUGCUUAUUAGUAGAGAUGUUCAACUGUGCUUAUUAGUAGAGAUGUUCAACUAUGCUUAUUAGUAGAGAUGUUCAACUAUGCUUAUUAGUAGAGAUGUUCAACUAUGCUUAUUACUAGUCGAGAUGUUCAACUAUGCUUAUUAGUAGAGAUGUUCAACUAUGCUUAUUACUAGUCGAGAUGUUCAACUAUGUUAUUUAGUAGAGAUGUUCAACUAUGACAUACUGUGCUUAUUAGUAGGAAUGUUCAACUAUGCUUAUUAGUGGAGAUAUUCAACUAUGACAACAAAAUAAUGCAUUUUUUUAGUUCCUUUGUAAGUUUGGUGCUAUUUACCACACUAUUUCAGAUUACUUCUUUUUUCUACUUACUGGAACUUGACAACCUGGUCCCACAAAAACAAUGUGAUUUUCAGAAUAAGGGGGCCCAUGGUCCUACAACUGUUAUGAAAGCUCGGAGCUGCCAUUAAAGGAGGAGAAGAGAGAGUUAUAACGGGGCAACUGUUACGGCAUACACCGAGAUUAUGUAUAGGGGGGGACUUGCAUACAUCAAAAAAUGGGCAGAAACAUUCAAUAUUUUGGUUUUUCACACUUGCUGAUGUAUAUCUGUGGCGCUACCUACUGAGAAGCACGUUUACCAGUGGAUUCCCACUUCUCCUCCUUUAAUACUAGAGAUACUAGGAACCAGGUUAUUGAGAGGCAUAUCAAGGACAGAAUUUUCAUGUGAAAAUGUUUUCAUUUUAUUUGCACUGAAUCCCUGAAUUGUAAUCACUGAUAAACGGGUUUUAAUUUUUUGGGCAUUUUUGAUGUGAUUUUGAUUGUAAAAAAUAAUGAUUAAUCCGAUUAUGGCUAUCCUGUUGAUAUAAAUAUACAUGUAUAAACAAUUCUUAAUGGUUUGGGAUCAAAUGCUGUUUCUAAACAGAUUUUCAAAAUAUGAUGAGGUCUAAAACCAUUGGUACUUGAAAUAAAACUGUUAUAUUAUGUGCUAAUCAAGAAAUCAAAUUAAAUAGAAAAAUUAAAAUUGUCAAUUUUGUCAGUGUACAUGUAUUUGUAGCAUUCUCUGUGAGAUAUUCAAAGGUGGUUAUGUUCAUAUUUCUGGCAGUUCCAAUGAACAGUGAUUUCAUUUUAACCUGUUUAUUCUUCACUCCGUCAGAAAAUUGAUUGAAGGUUUUAACAACUACAUGUAUGUAUAAAUGCAUGUACAAAUGAGACUUCAGACUGAUGAAAUUGAAACCGCUUGCGACAUGUGUAUGUAGUUUAUUAAAAAAAUUCUCAAUAGCGUGUGGUUUGUCUACAGGGUGAUCACAUAAAUUGUUCAAAAUUAUGUAUAAAUGAGAGCUUAUUUAUUAGCUGAGUUGAAUAGGCCCGAAACAUUAAGCUUUGUGUCGAGACUCCUUAUGCAAAACUUUAGUUUCAUCAUUCUAAGACCGCCUUGAAUUAUCAUGAAAUCGACAACACGUGACGUCAUGAUCAUUGGACAAACCGGUCAUCGACCUUUUGUCUAUCCUGAUUGAACAUGUUGAUUGGCAUCAAACAAUCAUGUGCAUUAUACUUACCGGGGCUUGGCUAGAAGAUUCAAAAUUGGUCUUAUAUCGGUGGAACUAGAGUAUAAUUAAUAUGUCAACAUUUGCACUCCUGUUGUGCCACAAUAUCAUCUGUUUUGGUCAAAUCUUCAUCACACUGGUGCAUCAGAUUAAUUAUACCGCCUGGUCAAAAAUCUUUCCACAAAAAACAAUCCCUAUUACAUAUUUGUAACUUGUUAGUUUCAUUGAGGGCAAACAAAUGUGUAUUCGGCAGGCCGUAGCAAUUAAAGGCCAUCAAAGCCUAAUAGAGUGUUUCACGGUCAGCCAUGCUGAAACGCAGAACAUGAUUUGUCUUGCCUGACUCAACUGAAUCAAAUGCUGUCAUGGUCAUUUGGGCUUGCUUUCUUUUAUUUGUCCCUCCAGCAUGGCAGGUGAAGACGUCAUGUGAACCCACUAUUGACAGGCUU